AUGUCUGAACUUCAUCAUUUGUUAACUUUUCCUGAAAAGCCAAUAACUGCGGAAGUUUAUGUCACAAAAUUAAAGCACUACUUAUCUAAUGGUAUCCCUGCAACGUACACUCUUGAACAAGUCAAAGAAUAUGAAUUGAAUCAGGCAAAAGAAAAUGGCGAGACUGUUGAUGAAAGAAGUGAGGAAGAGGAAGAAACUAGUAACACCACACCUUUGCAUAUUUUAGCUAGAAGCAUUCCAAAAAAUUUGACACCAGCAGAGUUAUCUGUAGUUCUAGAAUUGAUUAACAUUCUUUUUGAAUACGGAGCCGGUUGGAACUUCAUCGAUUAUGAAGACAAAACUGUGGGCGACCUGUUAAUCGAAAACGGUUACUCCGUUAACUCAAGUCUAUACAAAAGAAUCGUUGAGGCGGGUGUCAGCGCUGAAUUACUUUUAAGGAAGAUAAAUGACAACGUUGAAUUUUUGGACGACGAUGAAAUUAUACAAGAAGCUCUUGGCAUGGAAGAUAAUGAAAUCCCAACAGAAGAAAACAUAAAAAUUGUAAAUGAAGAUGCUACUGCAGGAAACCAGGAAGUCUAUCUCCAAACAGAAUUGGAAUACACUGCCAAUACUUUACUUACAAAAGAAAAUAAAGAUGGUGUUAUGAUGGAUUGGGAAACUGGUAUCAUGAAAUUAGCUUCUGAUACAAUCACCUCAUCUUUUGACAAAGAUGAUGAUUCAAUUGCCAUUUUAAAUAUUGGAUUUGGGAUGGGUAUAAUCGAUACAUUCAUUGAAAAAGACUUACAAGAAAAAUAUCCAAAUAAGAAAGUUAAGCAUUACAUAUCAGAAGCACAUCCAGAUGUAUUGAAGAAGUUAAAGAAUGAUGGAUGGUAUGACAAAAAAAAUAUUAUCAUAUUGGAGGGAAGAUGGCAAGAUUCCUUAAACACACUACUUGAUUAUGGUAACGUAUUUUUUGAUGGUAUAUAUUACGAUACCUUUAGUGAAUAUUAUGAGAAUAUAUUGGAAUUACUUGAUAUAAUUGUUGGCUUAUUAAAACCACAUGGUAUCUUUUCAUUUUUUAAUGGUUUAGGUGCAGACAGACAGUUAUGUUAUGAAGUGUACAAAAAUAUUGUCGCUAUUGAUGUCAGCAAUUACGGUAUGAAAUGUGAAUAUUCCACGAUUAGGGUUGGUGACAAUAACAACCAGAAUGGAAGUGAACAUGGAGGAGAUGACGCGACUGUCAAUGGAAUUGAGAAUACAACAGACAAACCAAAUUGGCAAAAUGUCAAGCGCUCUUACUAUAACUGUGAUUAUUAUUACCAUCCAUGUAUAACAUUUAUGUAA